AUGCCAAAGGCCAAGCCCGACACAGAAUUUCUGCAGGAUGUCUUCUUUCCGAUCCGAGCGGCUGUCGAGCCCGAGCUUUGGUGCCACGCUCUAGAAGAGAAGGCGUUCUGGACGCCCGCAGACUGGGGCGCCCAUCAUGACGAAGCGCACGAAGUGCUGACGUCAUCUGGUGGCGCUUUGGUUGGAGGGAAGGCUGACGAUGCAGAAUCAGACCGCUACGUCGAAGAGCAACAUCAAGAUCAAACACUCAGGCAGCUCCUGAAUGACAUUGCAAUAGUACACGAGAUGGCGCGCCGAGGCGCUGCUCGAGGGGC